CGGAUGGUCUCUAUCGGGAAGACAGGGGACGAGUUCAAACUCAGAGCGUUUUGCUACGUUUUGUCGGCGUUGAAGCCGCUCAGGGUUUAAAUUCACUUUUACGUAUAGAGGAUGUGUAUACUAGCAGACACGGCUCUCUGAGUGAGUCUUUAGGUCCGGUGUAGUUGUUUUAAGAGCUCGGUUUCAAUCAGCAACGUGAGUCGAGAUGAAACCGCCGCCUCGAACACGAACUAAACCAGACCGCAACUUGAAACCUGAACCGGUACCGCAGCGUUCAGGCAAACUGGCCGGUAAGUGGCAGCGACCGGAGCAAAGGAAGCUCCUGGAUGCCCUGAAAAGACUCAGCAAGACCGCCGGAGGUCUCGGAGACAUCGACUAUGCUUUUCUAAGAAAAUACGUGCCUACUCGGUCCGUUGCAGAGAUCCACUCUGUGGUGGAAUCGCUGAAGAACAAAGUGAUUUCAUGUGCCAGCUUCAAGCUGAAGAAGAAGAGAUGGGAGGAGAAGAAAGUCAGAAAGCCCAUUGAGGUUUGGACACACAUUGCUUCUGCUGUCGCUGGAACCCUCGAAGAACCCAUUUCUACUGCUUUCUCUCAGAUGCUGUUAGUGUCGUCCACAGAGCCUCGUACCCUGAGGAACCGUGAUCCUCCCCAGGUCCAAAGACCACCCACAGACGAAGACAGGCCCAUUGGUCGCACCGUCCCUUUGAGACCAAUGCCUCGUUUGCCAGUCCAAGGUAUGUCUCCUGGCACCAACAAAGCCUGUCCUCUCCUGGUACUCAAGACUCCAAUGCCAACCACAGGCCCAGCCAAAAGACUCCCAGCACCAUCCCAAGUGGUUAGAGUGCCAAACGGCAAAAUCCCUCCACCCCACCAACAGCUUUCUAACACAGCUGGAACCUCCUCCUGCCAGUCCGCUGCAGCAAAAAUACUCACUGUGCCUUCUACAUCACCACGGCCUGCCUCACAGACCCUGACACCAAUUCCAGGACAAGUUACACCCAGUUCUAGCUCCGGAGCGGUUUUAAAAAAUGUUUGCAAUUCUAUAAAUCAGCCCUCAGAGCAUCACCUCACCACCACCACCACCUCUUCUUCAAUGCCAACUUCAUCCAUCUCUGCCGCCAGUAUAUCUCAAGUCCCCAGUACUGCACCAUCCUGUGUUGCAUCUUCCAGUUUAACCACCUCUAGCAGCUCCUCCACCCGCUCUGUGCCACCACACUCCACCCCUGCCACAGCAUUUCAUGCCAGGUUUGGUCGCACCAGCAAAUAUUCCACAAAAGACAGUCCUAGGAUGUUUGGCAUCAAGUGCGUAGUGGACUUUGAGAGGAUCUAUCGCUACCUGAGUGUCAUCCACAAACCGAAUGAGGAGUGUAAUCUUACCCCCAUGGAGAGUGCUAUUGUGUUGGACCUGUUGAUGUCUCUCCCAGAGGAGCUUCCGUUGCUGGACUGCAACAAACUGCACAAACAUCUGGUCCAGGUGUACCAAUGUCUCUCAUCCCCUGCUGACUCCAAGAUUGCAAGAGAAAUGUUAAAAGACCUGAAGGGAAGAUUCUGUGCUCAGACCGAGGCACCAAGCUGUCAAGACGGCACCAGAACAAACAGUCAGCAGAAUGCAGCUGGGACUGCUGACAGCAGUGAUACCACGGACAGUGGAGUGCAGAAACUGCAGUCAGAGGAAGCUGAGUGCCAAUCGUCAGGGAACAAUAACACAUCCAACCCAUCAGGAGAUGCAGAUGUGAUGGGACUCUGCCCCCCCCUCAACCCUUUUAUGGUGCCACUGAAACUGUUGAUGCGCAGAUAGAUCAGGGUUCAAAAUUUAGAAUGUAAUUAUUUAUUGAGCAUGCACUAAACCUACGUUCUAUAAUAAUACAUUAUUUUUAUACCCAUUCUAGAGUUGAGAACCAAAUUAUUUGGUUAGAGGUUACUGGGCUUGGGACAGAACCUUAGUAUCUACCAGAAUCUCAACCAUUGAAAGUUGGAAUGAGAUGUCUGGUCAGAUUCAUUGUAUUGUUGACUUGAUUUUUGAUUGGAUAGUUUCUUGUUUAAAUCAGAAUUUAUUCAAUUUUACAGUUAUUUUAUUUCUUGUUCAUCUGCUUUUGUUAAGACAACAUUAAACUGACCUCAUAAAAUGUU